CAGAGAUGCAGUCCCACUGGAAAAUCUUCAUGGUGGUGCCUCUAUUCUUUCUUCCUCUCCUUCAGUCCUCGGCCUCUCCACCCUACGAAGACCAGUCCAGGCUCAGCCACUCGAAUGGCCACACCUGUGUAGGGUGUGUGCUGGUGGUGUCUGUGAUUGAACAGCUCGCUCAAGUUCACAACUCGACGGUCCAGGGAGCGAUGGAGAGACUGUGCAGCUACCUGCCUGAAAAACUGUUCUUGAAAACCACCUGCUAUUUAAUCAUUGACAAGUUUGGAUCAGACAUCAUAAAACUGCUUAGCGCAGAUAUGAAUGCUGAUGUGGUAUGUCACACUCUGGAGUUUUGUAAACAGAACAUUGGCCAACCGUUGUGUCAUCUCUAUCCUCUUCCCAAGAAAUACUCCCGAAGUGGUUCUGACAUUUGUUCACUCCCGUUUUUGGCCAAGGUCUGCCAGAAAAUUAAAUUAGCUAUAGAACAGUCUGUGCCAUUCAAAGAUGUAGAUUCAGACAAAUACAGCAUUUUCCCAACGCUGCGGGGCUAUCACUGGCGUGGGAGAGAUUGUAAUGACAGUGACGAGUCGGUAUACCCAGGCAGAAGGCCGGACAGCUGGGAUGUCCAUCAGGACUCAAACUGUAACGGCAUUUGGGGUGUUGAUCCAAAAGAUGGAGUUCCAUAUGAGAAGAAAUUCUGUGAAGGUUCACAGCCCAGGGGAAUCAUUUUGCUGGGAGACUCAGCUGGGGCUCAUUUUCACAUCUCUCCCGAAUGGAUCACAGCGUCGCAGAUGUCUUUGAACUCCUUCAUCAGUCUACCAACAGCUCUUACUGAUGAGCUCGACUGGCCCCAGCUCUCUGGUGCUACAGGGUUUCUGGCCUCCACUGCCGGAAUUAAAGAGAAAUCUAUUUACCUUCGCUUAUGGAAAAGAAACCACUGUAAUCACAGGGACUACCAGAAUAUUUCAAGAAAUGGUGCAUCUUCCCGAAACCUGAAGACAUUUAUAGAAAGCCUGUCUAGAAACAAGAUGUUGGACCAUCCCGCCAUCGUUAUAUAUGCCAUGAUUGGAAAUGAUGUCUGCAAUGGGAAGCGUGACACAGUCCCAGCCAUGACCACUCCCGAGAAAUUCUACUCCAACGUCAUGCAGACUCUGAAGUAUCUAAAUUCCCACCUGCCCAAUGGCAGCCAUGUUAUUUUUUACGGCUUACCAGAUGGAACCUUUCUCUGGGAUAAUUUGCACGACAGAUAUCAUCCUCUCGGCCAGCUAAAUAAAGACGUGACCUAUGCGCAGCUGUACUCCUUCCUGAACUGCCUCCAGGUCAGCCCCUGCCACGGCUGGAUGUCUUCCAACAAGACGUUGAGGACUCUCACUUCAGAGAGAGCAGAGCAACUCUCCAACACACUGAAAAAAAUUGCAGCCAAAGAGAAAUUUACAAACUUCAAUCUUUUCUACAUGGAGUUUGCCUUCCAUGAAAUCAUACAGGAGUGGCAGAAGAGAGGCGGGCAGCCCUGGCAGCUCAUCGAGCCCGUGGACGGAUUCCACCCCAACGAGGUGAGCGCAGUCACACGGUGGUUGCAGAGGCUGUUUAUUGGUUUGCUGGUUUUUAGUUGCCCUUACACAUUCAUGGAUUUAUUUUUAUCCUGUUUUGCUCUAGAAAGGACUUCAGGCAAUGUACACACGUGUAUAAGAUAGAAGAUUUUAAAAAAAACAAAGUGAAAUUCAGGACAAUAGGAAAACAGAGUAGAAAUUAUACCUGGAUUCCUGAUUUAAUUUCUACAAUUCAUAAAAUACGUGCAGGGCAGUCCUGAGAAACUGCCAGAAGGGGCUUACGAAAUCAGCUCUGUGCUUCCUAGCAGCCAUGCUAAAAGGGACAUUAAGCCGUGGCUUCCAUAGGAUUAAAAAAAAAACAAAUCAAGAACUCCAAAAAACAAAAAAAAGAAGAAGGAAAAUUACAAGGAUUUUUGGAAGUGAGACCCACAAGAAAUUUAUUCUAAGGAUCUUUCUAGAAAGCGUGCUGUACAGGAGAACGAUGUCCUUAGCGGUAUCCUGCAGUAAGAGCUGUUUCUCACUGAGGAUCCAAAGGACAGUUCUGUCAGGUAGCUCUCCUCUGGCCUCUUCACAAAGCAAGGGGAGCCAGAGGGUGGGACUCUGUCCCCUCCCGGCUCCACUCCCAUCCCAUUAUCCUGGCAUCAACCAGGGAAGCUCCACUUUUAUCUGUUGCAUGGUCCUGGACAUACUCAUGACAUGUCUUUAUUAAGAAGAAAAAGAGUGGGGGAGUUGCUCUGCCACUUGUAAAAUGUUGAAAGCUGCUCCUCUCUGGGGUGGGAAGGGCCAUUUACUCUCAGGGAAUCCUGCAUCACGGAGCCUUUCUGCUCGAGCUGUUGGGGAAGCACUGUGUGGCUACCAAAGGGUACAAACCUGAUGGGUGUGCCUGGGGGAUGCUCCUUGGCUGGCCAUUGAGACCCAGGCCACAAGAGGGCUGAUUGUCCCCUCAGGAGCCUGAAUGAAGCGAACACAGCCCACCUUCCUCCAACUCUAGGUUCAGCCAGUGCCCAUGAGCAGGCUAAGAAUCACCUCCAAAGGGAAAAGAAUAGAAGGGUGCCCACUCCCCAGCAAAUGAGUAAAAGUGGUGUCCCAGGAAUGCUGAGCAAAUUUUAAAGGAAGUGUUAAAUGCCCACUCACAGAUUUAAAUAGCCACACGCACACACACACACACACACACACACACACAAUCAGAGUCAUAACCUCUGAAUAGCUAACCUUCCUGUGUAUCAAUUGAAUGAGUUGAUCAAAGAAAAGUAUUGGCUAGAUUCUGGUUCAAUAUCAGGGUCUUGUCCCCCAAAAAUGAUGUCUUUGGUUUUAGAAGAGUUUAUAUAUUGUCUGUCCCUUCUUUCUAGCAGUUAUGAGGUGGUAGUUCUUGUCACUCUCUGAACAGAAUAGCAUCUUACCCUUCUGGUUCUGUAGAGAAUGGGCAUGUGAAAAGACGCUCACGUAGCGUGUCAGGGACGAGCUAAAAACAAGAGGGUCAAAGACUGCUUUGCUUUACCCCUCAGGAUAUAUGUAUCCCAUCUAUCAAAUAACCAUUCUGUCCCUGGCUCUUAAAAUGACUUUGGGGUUCGGGUCUCAGAUUGAGGCUCUUUCUUGCACUCAGUUUACCUAUAUCUGGUCACUGAAAACACAGUCAAAACUGAAAAUCAAUAUGUGCCAUAAUCUUAUACUAUUCCUGCAAGAUUUGUCCACAUGCCUGUAGCCAGUGAUACAGUGGCCAAGAAUAGACAGCUAGGCCGAAAGCCUGCCUGUUUAUCGUGUAUAUUGAGCUGAAAAGUCCAGAUUGGCUACGUGCCAUCCAAAAAUAUGUAUUGCAUGGCUACCCAGUGUCAAAUGCAGUGAGAAUUCAAGAGUGAACAAGAAAAUUCCCCGCCACUUAGAAUUAUAGUAUAGAGUAGGAAACUGAGAGUAAACAGACAAUCAACUCUAAAGUAGCAAAUGCCUUCCACUGUGCAAGUGCAGAACACCACAGGGCAUUACGGGUGGGAUGGGGGCGGGUUUCGAACAUGUUUUCAGAGGAGGUGAUGUCAGAACUGAGGCCGCUAACUCGUAGAGUGAAGGGAGGAAGAAGGUUACAGAAAGCGUUUUGAGCAGAGGCAACUGCAUGGGCCGAGGCCUGGAUGUGAAAGCAAGCAUGGCAGAUUAGAGGAAAGAAAAGCCCUCGGUGCGGCCAUGGAGUGCAGAGGGAGGAGUCUGCGGCAUAUUAGGGAACCGGAUCAUGGAAGCUCUGUCUGGGGCUUGACCUCGGUCCUGAGGGAGACGAGGAGCCACUGGACAUUCUCGAGCAGGAGAAUGAUCCAACCUGUGCUCUAAAGAUGCUGUUGUAGCAGCGUGGAGGAUGGAUUGCUCGGGAACCAGUCCAGAGGGACAAAGGAAGCUUUUCUAAUGGCCAAACACGGAGUCACGGGACAGCGAGGCAAGUUCCUAUCAGAGAUUUUAUUCAAGGAAUCCAAGUCAAGGGCCCACUGGAGUCAGUACAGAUUGUGCCCACUCUCCUCCCACAGUCCCCUCGGUGGUCGCAGGCCGAUGUGAGGACGGCCAGCGUGACUCCAGAUCAUCAGGUGGUUGAACAAAGCAUCGUGCUGUAUUACGAGAAACUAAACCCAUGUACUCAGAAGCCACUUCUGGCCCUACCGGUUAUGAGCUGCAUGGUUUCUAUGCGACUUAGCAAGAAAGGGGGCCUGAAAGGUGUCCAACAACAAAGGAAAACACCUGGGAAGGAAUUUCUAUUAGCGGGAGGACCCCACUUAAUCAGGGCACCCGCUCCCUAGCACUCUUCUGGAGUAGAUUUUAUCCCACACACUUGCCUAGAAGGGCAGCCGAUGACCUCGUCCUGAGCUGCCAAGGUUGUGUGAACUGGCAGAAGAAGGGUGUCUCCAUCCUCUCAUCCUGAGGACAAAUGCUGGGGUGGAGGGUAUGUGAUAAAAGUUUCCACUGAUAAAAUGAAUUAGCUUGCAUCUAUGCGAUAGCAUACCAUGCACCGAAUAACCCCAUCUCUACUAAAAAUACAAAAAUUAGUUGGGCCUGAUGGCACGCACCUGUGGUCCCAGCUACUCCGGAGGCUGAAGGUAGGAGAAUCGCUUGAACUGGAAGGUGGAGGUUGCAGUGAGCUGAGAUUGUGCCACUGCACUCUAGCUUGGGUGGCAAAGCAAGACUUUGUCUCAAAAAAAAAAAAAAUCUACCUUUAGUGACAUAGAAAUGUGUUUAUAAUGUACAGCAAAGUAAAUACAAUCAGACGACAGAUUAUAGGAGCAAUGACUCAACUGCAUGCAUUUGUCAAAUUCAUAGCACUGUUUACCAAAGAGAGUUCAUUUUACUGUUUCUAAAUUUGACUUCAAUAAGAGCAGAUUAUAAAAUGACAUUCAAGAGGAAUCGUGUGUGUGUGUGUGUGUGUGUGUGUGUGUGUGUGUGUUUUCAGAUAUAAAAUCAGGGCCAGGUGCAGUGGCUCAUGCCUGUAAUCAUAGCACUUUGGGAGGCCAAGGUGGGCAGAUCACCUGAGUUAGGAAUUUGAGACCAGCCUGGCCAACAUGGUGAAACCCAGUCUCUACUAAAAAUACAAAAAUUAGCCGGGUGUGGUAGUGGGUUCCUGUAAUCCCAGCUGCUUGGGAGGCUGAGGUGGGAGAAUCGCUUGAACCUGGGAAGUGGAGGUUAUAGUGAGUUGAGAUCAUGCCGCUAUACUCCAGCCUGGGUGAGAGAGGGAGAUUCCAUCUCAAAAAUGUAUGUGUGUGUAUGUGUGUGUGUGUGUGUGUAUAUAUUGUGUGUGUGUGACACACACAAAAUCACAAAGGUUCUACAUCCCAUGUUAACAGAGGCUACUUCUAUUUUAAUUACAGAUGACUUUUAUUCUGUUUUUCUCUUUGUGCUUAAGUGGGUUUCAGUUUUUCUAGAAUGAACAUGUUUUGCUUUAACAUUUUAGACUAUGAAUGGAGAAGCACAAAAGAAUAUCAGUUCAGGAGGCUGAGGCAAGAGACUCACUUGAACCUGGGAGGCGGAGGUUCCAGUGAGCCAAGAUCUGGCCACUGCACUCCAGCCUGGGUGACAGAGAAAAAUCCUGUCACAAAAAAGAAAAGAAAACGACUUGGAUAAAGAGAGGAAAGGGUAGCUGUGCCCUGCCCUGGGCAGUGCCUUGUGGGAGUUAUGACAGGAGACUGUGGUAUAAGAAACGCACAGUAGGUGUUCAGUAGAUAUUUGUCAAAUGAAUGAGUGAUUACAGGGGACCACUUUAUCACAAGUCUCUAUGAUAAGCUUGCCGGCCUCCUUUCAGACCCGAUGUUUCCUCAAUGCCUGCUCAGAAAUAUUCUAGUCCCUGUUAGGGUGACAGUCAACUAAUUGCUUUCAAACCAAACAGUUACCAAAUGCUCAGAUCUGAGCUAUUGCAUUUUCAUUUCCCUCUUCUUGCCCUCACCUUGUCUCCUCCCUUAUUAACACACAUAGGGAAAUAAAAGCCUUGUGCCACAUAACUGUUAGAAAGACAGCUUAGGUGCGUCACCUUGAAAGCCAGUAACACAAAACAGAAGAGCCGGUAAUUUUCCACAGACCUGGCAGCAGUUUCCUUUGUUGAGAAAUGGCAGGAAAACAGCCAGAAGCCCAGGCCUGUGUCUUCAAAGGUCCUGACUGCUUUGUGUGAGAGAUGAGCUGGCCCUCCCUGGAGCACUGGCCAGCUUUGCAGGCAGCCUCUGAUGUGCUCCUGCUUUUUUUUUUUUUUUUGAGACGGAGUUUCGCUCUUGUUACCCAGGCUGGAGUGCAAUGGCGCGAUCUCGGCUCACCGCAACCUCCGCCUCCUGGGUUCAGGCAAUUCUCCUGCCUCAGCCUCCCGAGUGGCUGGGAUUACAGGCACGCGCCACCAUGCCCAGCUAAUUUUUUUUAUAUUUUUAGUAGAGACGGGGUUUUACCAUGUUGACCAGGAUGGUCUCGAUCUCUUGACCUCGUGAUCCACCCGCCUCAGCCUCCCAAAGUGCUGGGAUUACAGGCUUGAGCCACCGCGCCCGGCCUGACGUGCUCCUGCUUUUAAGUGCAAAGAAGUAUAUGUGGAUUGUGUAUGGUGUGUGGUUUCUCUGUGUGUUUUGUAUCUGUGUGCUUUCUGUGGCCGA